CCCAGAUGAGCAGAUGAAGUAAGCAAUGGCUGGUGCAAUUGCGAGCGCCGGUGCCGUGCUCUGUUUGUCAUCGCAGAAGCCGUUCAAACCCCUUCAUUUCUCUACAAAAACAAACACUUUUCACUUCUCGAAACCCGAAGUUUCUGCCUUUCCCCGCUACUCUGCGAGAGUGAGACCCGUCAUCAGUCCCUGCAACUGUUUCUCCUCCAACACAACCCAUUAUGAGUUCUCUGAUGGGUCUUCUGAAGUGGAAUUAAGGUUGCAACUUGGUGGCCAAGAUGAUGUAAGUGCCAAAGAUAUACUUGUGGAUGCGGAUGGUACUUCUCUAAUUGUUAAAGUCCGGCAAGCCGGGUCCUUCGCCACACUUAUCGAUACUAAUAGUCUGUUUGAGAAAAUAAAGCCUGCUGAAACAAUAUGGUAUAUAGAUGAUGAUCAACUUGUUAUUAGCUUGAAGAAGCAGGAUCCGGAUCUGAAAUGGCCGGAUAUUAAGGAAUCAUGGGAGUCAUUGUCGGCUGGUUCUAUGCAACUCCUUAAAGGAACAUCAAUCUACAUUGUUGGGGAUUCCACUGAAAUUAACCAAAAAGUGGCCCGAGAACUCGCUGUUGCUCUUGGGUACACACCACUAGUUACGAAAGAAUUGUUAGAAACUUUUACCAAGCAAACUGUUGAUUCAUGGGUGCUUACCGAAGGCUCCGACUCUGUGGCUGAAGCAGAAAGUGCAAUAUUGGAAAGCUUAAGUAGUCAUGUUCGGACUGUCGUUGCAACCUUAGGAGGGUCUCACGGGGCUGCUGGAAGGACUGCAAAAUGGAGGCAUCUUUACUCAGGGUUUAGCAUUUGGUUGUCACAGACUGAAGCUUUAGAUGAGGAUUCGGCACAGGAGGAAGCGAGAAGGCACAUUGAAGAUGGUAGUGUUGGGUACUCCAAUGCCGAUGUGGUUGUGAAGCUUCAGGGUUGGGAUGCUGACCAUGCCAAAAGCGUAGCUCAGGCAUCCUUAAGUGCCCUCAAACGGUUAAUUCUAUCAGACAAGAAACUGCCUGGUAAGAAGAGCCUUUAUAUAAGGUUAGGAUGUCGUGGAGAUUGGCCAAACAUCAAGCCACCUGGAUGGGAUCCAUCAACUGCCACUGAUGCUCCACCACCUGCUACAUUGCCCAAUUGAUUAUUUUUCUACACACAAAUAUGGUUGUUAGUAAUUUUACUGCUUCAUUUCCUUCAGUUUUUCCCCUUAGUCGAUCUAUAUAGAGUUGUAAAGCAUUACAUUACCAAUGGAACCGCUACUGCCACAUGAGCACAUUGUAUCAAAUUUAGUGCUGCUGAAUUAUAC